AUGCUCACCACGGCCCCUCGCCUGCGCAUUCGCCGCCCCUCCCCCACGACGGCCGAGUUCACCGUCACCACGCUGCCGCCGCAGACGCUGCCCCUGCGCCUCCUCUGGCUCCUCCUCGUCUUCCUGCGCAUCUCCCUGUCCGUCACGGUGCUGCUCGUCCUCUACGCGCGCUGGGUCCAGGAGCGCACCAGCUGCGGCUUCGGCUUCGGCGCACCGCCAUCAUCCACCUCGCCCUCGCCCUCGCCACCGCCGCCGUUCCUCUCGCUGGGCCGUCUCGUCCUCGCCCUCGACGCCUUUCAGGGCACGCCUGCCGGUGCGAUGCUGGCUAGAGCCGCGGCGGCGGUGUCCCUCCCGGUGCUGCUGCCCGUUGCUGUGGUGGUGUUUUACGCGCUCAGCCUGAGGGUGCACAAGCAGGAGAGCCUGCUCGUUCUGAGGGGGCUGGGCGUGCAGACGUGCGAGAGCCCGGCGACGUACUUGGCGGCGGCGGCGACGCGCUUCAUCCCGACGGAGAAGAUUCAGGAUAUCCUGGUGAACGAGGCGUUUCGCGGGUUCGAGGUCAGGUAUUAUCUCGUGGUGGUGGUGGAGGGCGAGGAGGACGUCGUGGUUGUGUUUCCGGGGUUGUUGCCCAAGAGGAGGAUUGUCGAGACGGUGUGGAGGGGGGUGAGGGAGUGUUUGUAUGAGGGGAGAGGAGAGGAUAGAGGGUUGGCGAGCGAUAAGUGA